CACCACCGUUAUACCAUAACCACGAUGCUAACCAAAAGUUCUAAAGCUGUUGCUUUCGAGACAAACUGAGCUAGUUGAACCACAUUUCCAUAACGAAAGGCUGACACUCAAGAUGGCUGGUAAUUUGACCCGAUCAAACUGUCUUAGUUUAAUGUUCAGCUUGCUUGUUCUUGGAUUUUUCGCUGCUAGUGCUUCAAGCGCAUUCAGCGAAGAAGAGUUGAGGGGCUAUUUCGAUUAUGAAGGAGAAGAAUCGGCCAAUCCUAAUCAAUUCGAAGAAACUCGAUCUGCCGAAUCUGGCGAGGAAGAUGAUUUACGAUAUCAUGAACUUCAAUAUCGAUGGAAGCAAUAUCCCAGUUAUGUAAAAAAUGGUCGGUAUAGACCAUACCCGCAACUCAUCGCUGUACAACCUCAGCCGUACUACGGGACAUGCAGAGAUGCCCCUCAAUGCAGAUCAUGCAAAGCUCCGCGAGUACCAUCCUACCAACCAUCUGCUCGAUCUGUGCGUGUCGAAUCAAGAGCAUGGGAACACCAAUUUGACGAAGACCAGGCUGCUUACGGAGAAUAUGAAUUACGUUAUUACGGUGCCAGGCCACCCAAGCCAUCACUCCCUCAAUGCAACAAAGAAUGCAAAGCGGAUAUCAAAGUCCCCGCAAAAAAACCGUACUACAAUCCUGCUGCCCAAUAUUCACCACCUAAAUAUGGCGGCUAUGGCCGCGGGUUGCAAGUCCAUAGACUGGAGGUUACAAUGACAAGCGUUACUUCUACCUUAACCAAAUCGUGUAAAAGGAAGAUUUGUUUAGCUAUCGUUUUUGGACUUUUGGCUGUCAGUUCGGCGAGUCCGUUUGAUGAAGAGUUGCGAGACUACCUUAAUUACGAGGAACGAGAGCAAGCGGAACAAAACCAAUUAGAAGAUCGAUCCGCGGAGUUUCUUGAUGAAGAAAGGGAACUAAAAUAUUAUGGCGAUCCUUACCAACAGCAGAAAGGUUUUUGUGCAGGGAAGAAGGAUGGUAACUACAUCAACCCGGAAAAUCCCCAUUCUUUCUAUCAGUGCCAUCAAAGUGGCGCCACCAAACUAACGAUGUGUCCUUCGGAAACCGUCUACGAUCCUCCUCCGAGGGAUCGCUGUGAGUGGCCUCACUUAGUCCAGGGCUGUAAUGGUCGCUACGGGAAUUGCUAUGACAAACAACCCAUCAUCGUGUUGCCAACGUUGUCCCCGAACGUCAAAGAUAGGACUUGCAGUAAUCUCCCUCAAUGCCUAUCUUGUAAACCAGCUACCGUGCCUGCCUAUGAACCACGGGCCAAAGGGGUUGGUCCAAGAGGCUAUUUUGAGCGGUCUGCCGAAAGAGAAUACGAAUCGAGAUAUUUUGAACAACCGGUAAAAUCGUCCAGUUUCUGUGUUGGUAAAAGCGAUGGCAAUUACGUAAACCCAAACAACCCUCACUCGUUUUACCAGUGCCAUCAGAACGGUGCUACCGUCUUCCAGCCUUGCCCAUCCGGCACCGUUUACGAUCCAAUGCCCAGGGAUCGCUGCGAAUGGCCAAAUGAAGUACAAGGUUGCAAUGGUGGCUAUGGGCGUGGAUGCAAAUAUGCGCCAAUCGUGGCAACUGAAGUCUACCCCCCAUACCCAGUCCACACAAUUAAACCGUCAUUCCCUCAAUGCAAUGUAGGAUGCAAAGUAGACGUAACUCGACCACCAGUCAAAGAGUCCUACAUGCAACAUUCUAAGCAUCAGCUUUUCCAACACGGAUAUUCCGGCUAAGCAGCUUGGACAUUAUUUGCAAUAGUUGCCCAGUGCUCAACUUAAAACAACAAAGCUGGAUAACAUUCACUGCACAUGAGGUCUUUCCUGAAUGUAAGGCUGGUUGGAAAAUAAAUGAUAAUUACAAUUA